UUCACUGCCGUUUUCGGCAAUCCCUGCGCUCCGCUGGCUGACAGCUCCCAGGAGCCUUUUCCGGCCAGCAACAAAGGAGGCCUUGAGAAGCUUGGCUUGUUUCCAACAUUCUUGCGAAUUUUCAUCUUUGUACCCGCCCAAAGUUUAGAGCAGCCAGCUCGCGUGUUGUGGUUUUGGGUUCCCCGUCAUCAUCGCAGAGCGCCGCCCUCGACCGCAAGCAAAGAUCGCCCCGCGCAUCAUGAGCAGCCCAGUGUCGCCAGACCCCUCAGGCCGGCAGGAACCACAGCCAUCGCCGUGGUUUAGCAAGUACGGCGGCGAGUCCCGGACGAUUCUCCACACCCCCCAUGAACCUGUCACUCAUUCCGGGCUUGCCCCUCUCUUCCCCCGCCUGCACCCAACCUACUACGCCGAGGACCGCGCAGCAUUUGACCACAUGGACCCAUACCCCAUGCCUAGCGGCAACGAGCUCGACAUGUUAUUCACGACCGAGAAGUACCAGAUAGACCAGAACGCGGGCCUGACGACCUGGGAGAUGGAUGUCCUCGGCGAGCACCUGGUCAAUGGCUGGGCGGGAGGCCAUCGACGAAUGGAUUCGGUCACGCCUCAUAUCCUGGACCGUGGAUACGGCGUUGAAGUCGACGAGAGCAGUUGGCAUCCGGUCUUUGCGAAAGGCAAAUGGUAUAACUUCCGCUUGCCCGUCAUCGACGGGACCCUGCUCCGCCAUCCUCUCCCUGGGGUCAACGAGUCGGACGUGUGGAGCGUUGAUGUCCCCAAGAUUUGGAACGAGCUGCGGGUGUCUCUGGAACUUGCAAACCGCUGGCUUCGUCACAUGGCCCACGGCCCUUGGCUCAACCACCUGGUCCACGAGCAACGGGUUGAGUGGAUGGACGCGGAGCCAACGGCCGCCGAGCUAGACGACCCCCGCCAUCUUGGGCCAAACAAGAAGCCCUGGAGAAUCCCGGGCGAUAUCAAGGUCUACGACGGCGAGAAGACCCUGAAAGCUAUUGCGGACCUGCUGGCACCGAGGCUUGUUUGGACCUUUUUGGAUGACGGCUUCCACCCAUACGACUCCGCCGAUCAUGGCGACCCCCAUGGGCGUACUGUCAGGCACUGGAAUGGUGGGAGAGAGCCGACCGAGGAUACGCCAGUUGCGGAGAGGCAACCUGCGUUCCUUUCGGUGUACAUUCACUUGAGACCUCUCCGGGUUUUGCUCGAUCCGAAAUCGACCUUGUCAGAAAGAUGUCACGCCCGAUGGUCAAUGGCUAUAACGAUGUUACAUGAGUUGAUGCAUGCAAUCAACUACUCGCGGCACAUUGAUGAGAUUGACCCGCCUGGCGAGCCCGUACGUACCCAACUUGACAUUCCCUUUACCCUUCA